AUUGGUGCGAUCGUAGCUUGUUCACUCGUAAGCAAUGGUUUAAAUGCUGUGGCAAGUGCAUGCCGUUGUACGCGUGUAUCACAGAAAUCGUGUGCGUUCAAGGAACUAUAUCCGUCUCAUCUUCAUUUUGGCUUGAUUUCUGCGCAUUUUUGAUUAAACUGUGUCGAAAAUUGAGCAACCUUGCAUGGUUCCUUUGUGCAUGCCCACACAGUCUCUGGAUUUCCCCAUAGGUUGGUAGCGACCAAACAUAAUGGAUUAUAUGUAACCACUCGGGAAUUAAAAUAAGAAACCUAAACUGGUGAUAAUUGAAACGAGCUGCACCUGAAUUCGUGCAGAGGUUCACGGAAGCUGAUCGUACAUCAGAAGCGGAUUUCAACGGAAUGCCAACGCACUCAAUCCAGGACCCCGUCGGCGCCAUUGCCCACGAUGGUCUCAAUGGAAACACGCCGGUUGCCAUGAUGCCACCAUGUGCCCUGCUCGACCAGGAUGACGUUGAGAGAGCAGAUGACGUCAUUGUUUCCGGCAUUUCCUGUCGUCUGCCAGAGGCGGAUAGCAUGGCGGAGUUCAGACACAACCUGUUUGCUGGAGUUGACAUGAGUACUGACGACGGCCGGAGAUGGGAGGCAGGUUUGUACGGAUUGCCGAGACGGAGUGCAAAACUGAAAGACAUUACCAAGUUUGAUGCGGCCUUCUUUGGGAUUAGUCCAAAGCAAGCUGAACGCAUGGAUCCACAAUGCAGAAUUUUGCUGGAAGUUACUUAUGAGGCUAUCGUUGAUGCAGGUUACAACCCGCAGGAGCUGAGGGGCAGCAGGACGGGUGUGUUCGUGGGCGUGUCAGGGAGCGAAGCCAGUGAUGCAUGGAGCAUGGAUCCGGAGACUGUGUCAGGAUACACGAUGACUGGCUGCCAGAGGGCGAUGGUGCCAAACAGACUCUCCUUCUGUUUUGACUUCAAGGGUCCUAGUUAUGUGAUCGACACUGCAUGCUCCUCCAGUCUGUACGCCGUGGACAAUGCUUUAGCCGCUAUUAGAAGCGGCCAGUGUGACUCUGCUAUAGUCGGUGGAGUCAACCUGAACCUGAAGCCACAGACUGCACUCCAGUUUCAUAAGUUGGGAAUGCUGUCACCAGAGGGCAUGUGCAAGUCAUUCGAUGCAAAAGGAAAAAUGAUACGGGUUUUUAGAGCAAGUCCUAUACAUUGUGUAACUGUUUUGUUAAAAGGUCUUGCUGCAAUGGCAAAGGUAAUACUAGCAAUGGAGGAGGGAGCUGUUCCUGGAAACCUGCAUUACAAUGAGCCAAAUCCAGACAUUCCCGGCCUGAUUAAUGGGAAGCUCCAAGUUGUGACUAGCUCUAUGCCACUUCCCAGGGGCAGCUUUAUUGGCAUUAAUUCAUUCGGGUUUGGUGGUGCCAAUGUCCAUGUGAUUCUAAAGGGUCCAAACAAUGUGAGACCACAAAUGAUGAGCGAUGAGGCGCAGCUAGUCACGGUAGCAGGAAGGACACCAGAGGGAGUUGAAGGCAUACUGAGAGCAGCCGAGGAAAACUCACAUGACAUGGAGUUUCUCGCGUUGCUGAAUCGUGUAUAUGCCAGUCCCACCAGUCUGCAUCCGUACAGGGGUUACACGGUGCUUAACACUAGCAAGCAAAGCACCGAUGUGCAGCGUGUCAGCAGUGAGGCUCGUCCCGUUUGGUUCGUCUGCUCUGGCAUGGGCGUGCAGUGGCCGGGCAUGGCGCGCGACAUGAUGCGCGUGCCCGCCUUCAAGCAGACAAUGCUGCGGCUAGCUGACACGCUCACGGGUCACGGGGUCGACCUCUGUGACAUCAUAGCGUCAGGCGAGGAGAAGAUGCUGGAGAGCACACCUGUUGCCUUCGCCGCAAUAGCCGCCGUACAGGUGGCGUUGAUUGAUGUUUUGCGCUCUCUCGGCAUCUAUGGCGAUGGUUUCGUCGGUCACUCGGUCGGUGAGUUGGCCUGUGCCUAUGCAGACGGAUGCCUGACUGCAGAACAGACCGUACUCUGUGCCUACUGGAGAGGAAAGUGCGUGAGCGAAGCCAAGCUACCGGCUGGCAAGAUGGCUGCCAUCGGCUUGACGUGGGAGGAGACGAGGCGUCGCUGUCCGGCUGACAUUGUCGCCGCGUGUCACAACUCUCGCGACAGUGUCACCAUCUCAGGACCGGCUGCGAGCGUUGACGUCUUCAUGGCUGAGCUGCGAGCAGACGACGUGUUCGUGAGAGAGGUGGCGAGCUCAGGCGUUGCCUUCCACUCUCACCAGAUGGCGCAGAUCGCUCCCAAGCUCAAGGCUGCGCUCCUUAAUGUGAUCAAACAACCCAAGCGACGGACUGCAAAGUGGAUCAGUACAUCUAUUCCAGAGAGCAGGUGGGAUUCAGCCCUGGCCCAGCUGUCGUCUGCUGACUACCACGUCAACAACCUAGUGAGCCCAGUACUGUUUCAGGAGGGACUGACUCAUGUGCCGGACAACGCGGUCGUGAUUGAGGUUGCCUCCCACUGCUUACUGCAGGCCAUAUUGAGACGGUCCCUUAACGAUGGGACGACGAUCAUUGGUCUGCAGAAUCGCAGGGAGGAAGACAACAUCAAGUUCUUCCUGACCAGCAUCGGAAAGUGUUACGUGAGUGGAGUCAACCCGGCGACAUGCAAGCUGCGGCCGUCGGCACCGCACUUCCCCGUGUUGCAGGGAACAGCAAUGCUGGGUCCUCUCAUCUCGUGGGAUCACUCACAGACGUGGGCCGUGCCCACACAGGACGAGUUCAUCGUCACCAACGGCAUGGGCGAAUGUAAGUUUGAGAUUGACCUCUCGGCGACCUCACCUGAUCUCUACUUGCUGGGUCACGCAAUCGAUGGCAGGGUGUUGUUCCCGGCGACCGGUUACCUGGUGCUGGUGUGGCGCGCGCUCGCCAAGAUGCGGCGACAGUCGUACGAGAGCAUGGCCGUGGAGUUCAAUGACAUCGACAUCCAGAGGGCGACAGUGAUACACGCCGACGGCAAGGUGACGCUAGCUGUCAACAUCAUGCAGGCGACGGGCGACUUUCAGGUGACGGAAGGCGGGACGCUCGUCGCCAGGGGGCGCAUCACGGCGCACGCGAGUCUCGACAUACCCGAGCCGCUGAAGUUGAAAGUUCACG